UCUCGCAGCCACACAUCAUUGUGUGAUCGUUCUUUCCUCCUCCUCCUUAAAACAAUCGAUUUCAGAGCUGCUCAGUCCCUGUCUCGGGGCUCCUGCCCCAUCUCAAUCCACGCGACCGAUCCGAUGGAUCCGUGCUGUGUCCCGGUGUUUCUCGAGCUUGCCCAUAUCCGCGCCCACAUCCGGCCACCACGUAUACAGCCAUCGCUCCAUGAUAGCCCGGCUCCAGGGCGUAAAGUAAAUGUGGCCCCGCACGUCCUCCUGCUCCGGGUCCCGCCCUCCUACCCCCUGUGCCCCGCCCAACGCCGCGUCUUCGGCCAGUAUGACCUCCGGACUCUCGCCCCGGUGCAAUUCCGCCCUGCGCAUCAUGGCCUUGAGCUCGGGGGCGGCCACGUAGCGCGUCUCGGAGACCUCGUUCUCGUUGGGUGUCAGGACCACGUCUUUCCGAGCCAGCAGAAUGUAGUCGAUUUCGUGCUCCCCCCACUCGGCGCCAGAGUCGCUGAUGUAGUGGAUGCGAGACAUGUAAAUGAAGUCCUCAUGCCUCAGAGAGGAGAUUGGGAUGCCGAGCUCAUGCUCGAGCUUCCGAAUGGCUGCGCGCUUGCAGCCCAGGACAGGGUCCUGCCGGUCGUCCCCGAGCUCGUGCUCGCUCCACAAAGGGUGCGAGCAGCAGGUAUUGGUCCAAGCGUUGGGAAAUGUAAUCUUGGUAGGGGCACGCUUUUGCAAGAGCAGUCGAUUCUGCGUGUCGAACAGGAAAACGGAGAAAGCUCGAUGCAAAGGCGGGCCCUUUCGAUUUUCAUGUCCUGCCCGCUUGGAAAUGGGUUUGAGGGGUUUGUCAUCGAAAGUCACUGCGACAAUCCGCUCUUCUUCGAAGAGUCGCGCCUGCUCGGGAUCGAAGGCAGAACGCGAGGUUGCGGCGCAUCUGGUUACGCCUUGCGUGCUAAUAGCCCUUUUGUGCAGGUUUAUGGCAUGCGAAACGCCGGCAUUCGUCCCUGGAAACCGCAGAAAAGCAUGGCAAAAACGUGGUAAUUGCAGGGACAGUGACAUGGAAUUGUCGAAAAGGAUGGUAAAUGCACUAAAAAUGCAAUAUCCGCGGCUAAAGGACAUUCAAGGCGUCAUUAAGCUCUUUCGACUGAAGUUGAACAGGGGAGGUGAGGAGGUGGGGGAUCCCGCGGACAGUGCUGGAGGCAAUUUGUGAGUGAACCCGUCGGUCCCGCCAGCCUGUCCUUGAAUGCUGUGGU